AGAGGGACCGCCGCGGAGCAGCCAUGGCUAAGAGUGAUGGGUGCGAUUACUUCAGAAGAACGAGCCUGUUUUGGAUAAUAACAGUGACGCUUUCGAUGGGAUAUUUCACUUGCACUGUGUUUGUGCCAGAAAAAAUCCCAUUUGAAAGCCUCGGCCCGCUCGGCACCUUGUCCAGACACCUUGUGGAUAACCAUGCAGACCUAAUGUACAAAGGGUGGUGGGCGGCCUGGGCUGUUCAUGCCUUUGAAGCCUGUAUUGCACUGAAGGUAUGCAGCCAAAAAGGCAUCGACAGCAUGGCGACGCGCUGCCUGUGGUUCGUCCAGACCGUGCUGUUCGGCUUCGCCUCGCUCGGCCUGCUCAUCAAGUACAAACCCGAACGCCCCAAACAUCACUGAGGCCGACGAGGGGGGCACCCGUGCGGCGCCACGACAGAAGCUGAAUCUCACAAAUCUGUUGCCGUCUUGCACCGCUUCUCUUUACCAGUCUUCCCCUUCAGAUCCUGUCAGGGGCGACACCUGAGCCUUUACUUGUAAUUUUUCUCACAUCCUAAAAUCAGACAAGUCAAAAGUGAAUUUGGGUAGAUGCACUACAGCAAUUUCUCAGAGUUUGUACUUAUGCUGGACCAAUAUUGAUAUUUCAUUCCAUAAGCUUGUGCACACAAAGCUCAGAGGGGGCAGUAGCACCUCAAACGAUAGCAUUUAAACGUUUACUGAUAAUUUUUAUAGUGAUUGAAGCAGGGGAAGAUUAUGACAAUAUGCAAUGUAAUUUAGUAUCAGCUGUGUUACGGCUAACACUGUUUAGUCUUCAUCUCAAUCGGUGCUCUUUUGUGCUUGAUCAUAAAGCGUACAAAUAAAUCCUCACAGAAGUUAUGGGAAGAAUCCUAUCUGUCCAUACAAAGGGAAACUUUUCUACAAAAUGUUUUGCACUCUAAUGACGGUUACAUUGAACUCGGAUGGGGCCGAUAAUGGUGUUUUCUCUGCUGCUGUGCUGAAGAUAAUGUCAGGCAGACUGGCUGCAGAUGGUGCAGAGCCAUCAGCCUCAGAAGUCACGAUGGACAGAACGAGAGGAGCCGCUGAACGCGAUUCCCGCUCCCAUUUGCCUUUCAGGUUGAAGUGCUUUGAAUUCAGAUCUCAAGUGUGGAUUUCUCAUGGUUAACACUAAAAAAAAAAUAAAGACUGACUCAUGAUUUAACAAACCA